AACAUUUUACUUCAAGUAAACUGUCUCGAUAGAUUAAUGUUUAUUCAUACAUUUCAAUCGUAGUCAGCGCUGUAAGUCAGAAGUGUUUACGUCAACGUUGACAGCAAAGCUAUCGGACUGCGCGCCUAUUUUUUUCUUUGAUCGACUACACGAAAAAGUGGAAAAGUCUGCAGAUUCUGUGGUUAAAAGGCCGAGAUAUUAUUUAAAAUAUUGAUGUUAUGGCUACACAUAUUCACAGAGUUAACAAUAGUUACGAAUCCGAGCCUUCAUCCGGUGAACCUUCUUCUCAUGAACAAUCCGAAUACUAUCCAAAUUUGGAUGAUGAAAAUAUAAACUUGCCAUACUUAUUAAGGCCACCUUCGUAUGAUAAUGAAGUUACGGUUGUUACGACUUCAUCUCCUUCCAAUUUCAUCACUAACAAUCAAAGCAACACUAACAAUAUGGAAGCAUCCAAGCUACCACUAAGUAAAGAGUGCGAGUUACGCUUUGGUAUACCGGCGGGGGAAGAGUUUUCGUUUGAGGGUUUCGAUGGGCGUUCUUUUGGGCAAAUUAAACAUUUGGUAAAAAUACGACAACAGCCAGAAAACUGCGCUGAUUCUGACAAGUUUUCUUCAGGAAAAUAUGUAUUUCCCAAGUUUUACGAUACUUUAAUAGGAGAAAACAGUUGCAAUGCUAUGGAUUUGCCAGUAGUUUCAACUGAACAUGUAGUAUUGCAAAAAUUGAACAGUGGAAAUCAUUCUCAAUUGUCAUUUAAUGGUAAAAUCAGUCAACUGCCAAAUAGCCUAACAGCAAGUGAGAAAGGUAGUUCUCAUCACUGCGAUCAGAGAUCGUACCCACUUGCACCGGCUUCUUCCGAGUUAAGUAACUAUCAGCCAUUUAAACAAUUUUCGCGAUCGUUCAUUUUGAAAAAAUAUAGCAAUGAAAAGUCACCUGAUUUAUUCGGUGAUGAUGAUGAUGACGACGAUGAUGAGAACGGUAAUGGCGGCGUGGACAAUCAAGUGGAAAUGGAAAAAGAUAAUCAAUAUUCUGCAAGAGAAGGAAUAGAGAAGUCAAAUCCAACAUUCGGCGCUGCCUAUGAUACUUUAGAGAAUUGUUCUUUUAAUUGCCCAACAGAAUCAAGUUUUGUUAACGACGAACAGACCGGGGAUGUGAGUUUCGUUGACAAUGAAAUCAACGGCAAACGCUUUAAGGUACUUUUUCGUGAGAACUGCAGGCGUGAAAAGGAAUUUCUUAAAAGGAUACGUAAAUGUUUGGCUGGAGUUUUACCUCCGCCUUCUAUUACUAUACCUCAGCUGGAUAUGUUUGAAGCGAUAUUAACACAGAAAGAUGAAAUUUUGAACUUUUUUUGCAAUUCCACUGCCCAUGAGUACACCAGCACAGAGGAUAACAAGUGUGAAAGUUUAUUGAAACCUACACAUACUCUGGAAGACACAAAGAAUAUGCCUUGGAAAGAUGUUUUGGCAGUAAGGCAACACGGUCUGAGCUAUAACCUAAACGAAGCCUCCGAAAGUAACGAGUACUUAAAUUUGUCUAUUGUGGAACGUUUCAUCGGAGCAGAAACGGCUUCUUCUUAUGAAAAUGUCCUUUCAAACAUUAAAAGACAUAAUGCCCGCAUAAAGCAACUUUGUCAAUCGCCUGGAAGUCGUUUAAGUCAUUUGGCCAGACGUAGGGCAGUGUUUUCUUCUGCUAACUUAGCCAACGCUUCCCAAAGAUCCCAGACUUUAAUUGGUCCGCAAAUUUUAGUUGAUAAGACCAAAGGGAAAAAUCGGCGUAAAGAAAAUACACCUAAACGUAAAACACCCGGCAGUAAAAAGAAAAAUCGCAAAACCCCGACUUCCUCAGCACGUAAGCGUCUUUUCCGUAAUGAUAUUAAACCUGGACCAUCAAGAGAGACCUCGAAACGUGCUUUAUUUCAAAGCCCAGCCAAACAAUCAAAACCAUCGGUAUCGAGAUUUCCCACCAUUAAACCGGAAUUGGCUAAUCGGGUAGAAAAAUCGAAACGAGCUUUACUAUUUUCUCCCAAUAGAGACAUGAGAGAAACUGCGUCGUAUUUUUCCCCGAAUUCGGCUAAGUUAGACGCUCUGCUUAAGCGUAAACGAGAUCCAUACGAAGAAGCCAAGGACAACGACAACAGCGUUGAGCUAGCUGUACACAGUAGCAAACUGUUUAAAGCUAACGACGCUUCGGCUUUAACACCGCGUUCUUUGAAAAUCAAGAGCCAAAGCUUCUGCAUUGGUACAAACAACUUGGCGAAAAAACAACAUGUUCCAACCGGUUCUAACAUCUUAGCCGCAGGGAGUCUUUCGUCCACAGGUAGCAAUCUUCAGCUUUUUACUCCCGGUUCUACGGAAUCUGCCGCAUUGAUCGCGAACAGUAGAAUGCAAAGGGCUUACUCGGAUAUGACAGCCCCCGCAGUGAAUGGAUUAACUGAUAAUCAAAAGAAAAAGUUGUUAUGGGCUGUAUCUCAAGCAUUGCAGGAGAAAAGAAAAAUUGGCAUGAAGCAUGAAAACUUUAAAGAAUAUGCAGCAAUUCUGGCCAAAGUAGUCAGACGAAUAUUUCAAGAAUAUUAUAGAAACACUAGCACGAGUACCAACGAAACGAUGUUGAGGUUAGCUAAGCGAUAUGUGUAUCAAGUUACAGCGGGAGCUUCAGUAGACGAAAUUUAUCUCCAGGCUAAACAACAUAUUGAGGAAUCUAAACGUUCCAUGCGUCUCUCAGGCUAUAUUGGCCCAGAGGAAUUUGAAAAACUUCAACUUCAUUCAAAAUCAUGUAAAUCGCAGCCGUCUUCAACACUAGCCAGCAGCAAUAGCACACAGAAUAUUUCUGCUCGAAACAAUAGCAUAGACAACGUAAACGAGUUGAGUCAAAGUUCUUUUAAGGCAUUGAUCACAAAGCAAACUAGUUUCCUUGAUCAACUUUCCCACAGCAGUGGUGACAUGCAACAAUUGCAGAGCUCAAGUGGGGCAGGUAAACUGCCUAUUGCAUCUAACGGCUCGCAACAGAAUAGUUCAUCAAAAAGUAAUCUUAACGGGGUCGUCUUACGGGAAAAUGUAGAUUGCGAUUUGAAAAGAUCUGCUCAGAAAAAUUUUACUGGUAAAGACCAACGCAAUAAAAGUCCGUACGCCUGCAGAGAGAUUGGCGGAGGGGGUCAAUCUUCUGCUGUUAAAGCCCAAACUCAUUUGCAUUUGGUUAGUGAAUUAAACCUUAGUAACUGUGCUAAAGCCAGACGUCAAAUAACGUUUGAUAGUUAAUUUCUUUAAAAAUUAUCUCUAAAUAUUACUUAGUAAUAAAUUAUGUACGAAGUUUUAGACUGCCUUAAGCCCUCUCUCUAUCUCUCUCUCUCUCUUUCCGGCUGCCUGUGGUUGUUAAGGUGCCUUUAAAGGACUUUAUAGAUUAGACAACAGAAUUUCGUGGAAUCAUCCAUCACGUAUUUUUACUAAGGCAUGUGAAAGUUGUCGGUAGACGAUAUGUGGUGAUGUUCCAAAACAGAACGACUGACAAUGCAAUAUUCAUAAGAGGGAAAACUUAAUAUUGAAAGUUUUGCAAAACUUUAAUAAAAUAAAAAAAAAAACAAAGAACUACUUGAAUGUCUUGUGUCUUUAAAAGCAAUCCUUUAAUCAAAAUUUUAUAAUUCUGCGAAAAAUGUUCAUGAAAGUAUUUAGCAUUUUUAUACAUAAUUUUGUUCAACUGAUUUAUAUAUAAAUGCUAACAACGCAAAAAUCUACCUUGCACGUGUACGUGGACUUACAAAGAACUUAGAUAAGUGGAACAAUACGCUUUUCUAUGU